UGCGUCAAGCAGCGGCCCGUUGCACUGCAGAGACUCGCAGAGCGCGCUCACACUGACUGUUCUUCGUCUGGGACGGUUUUUAACCACCGCCGAGAUGAAAUUACAAUUUAAAGAUGCCUUUUGGGGAGGGGACUUUACCAGCAAUGCCGGUUUUGAGGCUAUAAUUCAAAGACUCAACGACGGUCGGAGGACCUGCAAAGAAUUUGAAGAGCUCCUGAAAAUGAGGGCAUCAGCUGAAGAGAAGUAUGGGAAGGAAAUGAUUGCAAUCGCUCGCAAAGCAGGAGGCCUGUAUGAGAUCUGCACUUUGAGGGCAUCUCUUGAUGAAAUGAAAACACAAAUUGAAAAUGUCGGUAACCUUCACAUCCAGCUGUCUGGGCUCCUGAAGGACGAGGUGAAAAGGAUGGAGGAGUUCAGAGAGCGACAGAAAGAACAGAGAAAGAAGUUUGAACUCACUAUGGAGAAGGUGCAAAAGUCAAAAGUCUCCUUUUACAAGAAAACAAUUGAAUCUAAAAAGUCCUACGAGCAGCGCUGCAGGGAGGCGGAUGAGGCGGAGCAAAUGGCUGAGAAGUUGGGUGACACUCCCACAGCUACGCCCAAACAGAUAGAGAAGCUGAACAACAAAUCCAAACAAUGCAGAGAAGCUUCACAGGACGCUGAGAAGCAGUACAUGUCCAACGUUGCACAACUUGACAAGAUCCGUCAAGAGUGGGAAUCAACGCACAUUAACACAUGUGAGAUGUUCCAGCUGCAAGAGGAAGACCGCCUCAGCAUAAUAAGAAACGCAAUGUGGAUUCACUGUAACCACUUAUCUAUGCAGUGUGUGAAGGACGACGAGAGCUACGAGAACGUCCGGAAAAUUCUGGAACAGUGUGACAUUACCGCAGACAACAACAACUUUGUGGAAACAAACUGCACAGGCUCAUCCCCGCCAGCUCCCAUUGAAUUUCAGAAUUACUAUGAGUAUAAUGGCAGGAUGGAGAGAAACGGCAGCGCUGGGUUUGUGGAGGGAGUCAUGAAAGGUUUCUCUAGGUUUUCAAAUCUAUUGCAGGGAAACUCUUCAUGCGGCUCCAAACUCAGCCUCAAUGAACGGGUUGCACAACCUCAAGAAACAGCAGACGGCGUCUAUGCAUCCAUUCCUGGCGUUCCAGGCCGUCAUGAGGAAUACAGGGCCUUGUACCCCUACGUGGCGCAGGGGGGAAAUGAACUCACGAUAGCUGCCGGCGACGUGGUGGUCGUCCUCGACCAGGGUGAGGACGGCUGGUGGACGGUGAAGAGAAAUGGCCUCACUGGAUUGGUUCCUGGCUCCUACCUCUCCAGAGACUGAGCUCGUCUCCACUGUGAAGCUGACACAGUUCAACACCCGGCACGUCAAGCCGUCUCAGUUCGAUCCAGUUCUUACAUCUGCAUCUUGGUUCCACUUGGUUCAGCCUAAAGUGUGAGGAUCUGAAACCUUCCACUUCAUCAAAUAUGUCUGGAUUCACAAACUGUGUUUAACCUUAAAAAACACAGCAGACGCAGCUUAUAAACUUUCUGAAAUAAAAUGGAUACAACUAGCAACUGUGGAUAAUUUAUUCAAUUUUAUCAGUUAGAGCGGGUGAACUCAUGAAAAUGAAGUUGUACUUACUAUCCUUUUUCAUUGUAAAGUAUGUCAGCUGCACAAGUACGCCGGCUUAUUUGAGUCCUCUGUAUAACAGACAUUUAAAAAAAAGCAACACCUUCUUUGAAGUGCAUGCAGCACGCAGCGUGACCGAGCACAACCACUUUCAGUUUGGCACUACUCCUUUUGAGACUCUUUCUUUUCUUGGCUUACCUGUCUCGGUGGUAAAAUAACCAGUAUGUAACAGCCCUUACAGAAGACCGUCUGCUCUGUAGCCAUUUUAAAAAUUAAACUGAAAUAACUGUUUGACAUUUUGUAAAAGCAACAGUAGCGCACAGAUCGCUGCUCUGAGGAUUAAACCCUGAUAUCUUCCA